CGCUACGUUCUUAGAAGGCCUGGCAAGUACAACCAUUAUCUCACGGAUGGAUGUCGAACAAAAGACCGACCGACGAUCACAAUUUAUAGCUACGCUUUGACAAUCGAAAUGUGAAUGUAUGCCCGUUGAAUUUUAGGUGAAGUCUGGCUUUUUCUACUUGCGCCAAAAGGCCACGCAAGUGAAUUCGGUACUAUGCGUUCCACUGCCGGAAACUUAUUCGAACACCCUUCUCGAAGUUCUGCAGAAUGAUCCGUAAUGGACUGUAGGAAAACGUUGCACAAGGCUACCCAGACUACUGCGUAUUCGCCAGCCUUUUACGUGCUUAUCCCUACGCAAGGAAGGAUUGUUGCUGAAGUAACGGCAUGUUGGGAGGUGUGUCGAGUGACAGAGGUCUAAAAUUUCCUCGGUAUGUCGUUGAUGGGAAUCAAACGACCUCAUGUAUUACUGCGCAGAUUCAAGGACCGGAACUCACGAGAAAAGGAUUCUGCAAAUCGAACCCGAAUAACAACGGGAUGACGGCAAUUCCCAUGGUUUCCCAAGCCUCUCUGAGAACCUGGCCCAACCUGACUUUUUCUUCGCGUUGAGAGAUAAAUAGUACCGCCUGGUACACUCCAAGAGUCCCAGGCUGUAAGAAUGCGUCUCUCAAGUACCACAAUAUCACUCUUUUCCGCUCUUCAAAUUUCGUCGUCGUUCAUCUUCGAAUCAGCAUGUUCCCUCUCCUCCCUUUCCUCGACCCCCUUUACCAAUAAAACGACCCUGUUCCAAGCAUCCCUCAUCCCAGCCGGCUCGACCAUUCAAUUUCCUGAUACAGAUCCUUCAUGCAGUCGAACACCUCAGCUCAUCUCCGUUGACAUCUGUCGUGUCACGAUGCAGGUCGAAACCAGUCCCCAGUCGAACAUACACAUGGAAGCGUGGUUACCACGAAACUGGACUGGAAGGUUCCUAAGCACAGGGAAUGGAGGAUUAGGCGGGUGUAUACAGUAUCCUGAUCUAGCUUACGCUACCGCCUUGGGAUUCGCGACGGUUGGGGCUAACAACGGGCAUAAUGGGUCGAGUGGAGCGGCUUUUGAGAAUCAUCCGGACGUUUUGGCGGAUUUUACUUUUAGAUCAAUUCACACAAAUGUUAUAAUUGGAAAACAGAUCACACAAGGGUUCUAUGGCCAGGCACACAAGAAAUCAUAUUAUCUUGGUUGCUCCACUGGUGGGAGACAAGGUCUCAAAAGUGUCGAAGACUUUCCAGAAGAUUUCGAUGGUGUUGUUGCAGGCGCACCAGCAGCCAAUUUCGUGGGGUUGAUGUCCUGGAGUGGCCAUUUCUUCUCGGAAAUUACCAAAGAUCCCUCCCAACCCACAUUCAUCCCCAUCAAUCUUUGGCUCGAUCUCAUCCACAACAACAUUAUCUCCCAAUGCGACGAAAUAGAUGGUGUCAAAGAUGGUAUCAUCGAAGACCCCAAUUUAUGCAACUACAACCCGUCCGGCCUCCUCUGUAAAACCGGUUCAACAUCCACAUCCACAUCCAACUGCCUAACCCCACCUCAACUCCAAACCGUUCUCAAAACCUACAAGCCCUUCUUCGCCUCGGAUGGCAAAACACUCAUCUACCCUCGUUUUCAACCAGGUGGCGAAGACCUCUUGACAAGCAUGGUUGGAGGACAACCCUUCCAAUUCACAUCGGAAUGGUUCAGAUUCGUCGUGUUUAAUUCGUCUUUUGACCCUCAGACGCUGACCUUGGAAGAUUAUGAAUUCGCAUUACGAAUGGAUCCCUUCAAUAUCUCUACAUUCAAAGGGGAUUUGAGGAAUUUCCAAAGAAGGGGAGGGAAGCUGUUAACAUACCACGGGCAAGAGGAUGGGCUGAUCAGUCCUCGCAUGUCGGAGGUGUACUAUGAUCAUGCUCGAGCAGUUUCUGGGGAAUUGGACAAAUACUACCGGUUCUUCAGAGUCUCGGGGAUGUCGCACUGUUCAGGAGGUCCUGGAGCAUGGCAGAUUGGUCAGAACAAUGCGACUGGGACGUCGUUGAAUCCGGAAAGGAACGUGUUGAUGGCAAUGGUGAAAUGGGUUGAGCAGGGAGAGGCACCAGAGACGAUUGAGGGUGUGAAGUAUGUUGAUGAUGAUCCUACGCAGGGGAAAGCGUUUGAGAGGCGACAUUGUAGAUGGCCGCUGAGGAACACGUAUGAUGGACGAGGGGAUCCUGAUAAGGCCGAGAGCUGGAGUUGUGCAGUGGUAUAG